AUGGCUCCAGACCCCACGGAGGAAAAAACGCCCAGAAUACCGGACAAAAUACCUGAGGAUGUCUCUGAGCUUAAUAAACUGAAGAUCAAUGUACAUGAACACGGAGUUGGCUCUGUCUCAUCAGAUCCUGUCAUUGAAUUAGACUCAGAAACAAACAAAAAAGUCUCAACAGACAAAACUCCAGGCCUCGAUGUUAAAAGUGCGGAGAGUUUGGGGCUGGCUGAAAUUGAAACUCAGACCCCAGUUCCCAUUGUGGCUGGCCUCGGUAAUGAGGCGGAUACGAAAUCACCCACUAUUAGUGCAUGUUCAGAAACUUCGGGUACAUCUUUUGAAAACAACUUCCUUCCACCAGGCUGGUCCUUGCAGAAGCUAGCCCUUGAACUCCCGCUAGGGGCCAAGGAGCAAAUCACGUGCAUCUCUUCUUUUGAAUCGAAUCUUUACAUCGGCACAUCCACAGGCCAGGUGCUACACAUGUACCUCUUCGAUGAUGCCGAACAGUACAUUCUUAUAAUGCAGAUUCCUGCUUCCGAAUCCAGCACCAAAGCUGUAUCCAAGAUCUUGCCAGUGCCGGACGCAAACAUGUGUCUUAUACUUGCGGGAAACACAGUGCAUUCAUUCACGUUGCCAGAACUCUCGCCGUGCCGCAUAGGCAAAAUAAAAGACGCCGUCGACUUGCUGCUUCUUAGCGUGGGGAAACUUCCCAGCGAAAGAAAUAAGAGCGACAAGGUUGUCGUGUACACGUCCAGCAAAUUCCGUGUUGUGCACGUGGUUCCAACAGGAAUCAAACUUCUCAGAGAUAUCAACUAUCUUGGCGCCGUCACCGGAGUCUCGCUGGCUACAGGAACACUGGCUCACUAUAGCAAUAUCUGCAUCAUUGCCAACGACACACGCUUUGACGUGGUGGACAUGCAGCAGACCCGCAAAAUCCCGCUAUUCGACUAUAAUCCUGCUGCGGUCGAAAACAUCCAUCCAUUCAUUGUUCCUUAUCUCGCCCAAGAUACCUCUCUGGCACGUGAGGAGUACCUCCUUCCAAUUUGCACUGAGCCAGCCACUUCCAUGGCGAUGUUCAUUAGUUCUGCCGGUGACGUCACUAGAGGAACACUUACGUGGAUUGGACACGGGUAUCCCAUGGGAGGACUUUCUGUAGAAUGGCCGCAUGUAAUUGGGGUUUUCCAAACACAUUCAGGUUCGCAAAAGCUCAUCUUCAGUUCUUUGCUGACAUUCGAGGUUGAGGCUUCUGUUGAAUGUGACGCUUUGUUCGGAUCUGAAUCCCGCGGGUCUAUUUGCAUAGUCAAUUCUGGGAGGGCACUCAAGGUCACUAAUCAGGAGCUUCUGCGCUUACUCACCCCAAUUUCAGCCACAACUCGCAAUCCACUUGUGCCACAUAAACAGUUCGAUUAUAGUAGAACGGUGUUUUCUGAUGGAUGCCUGCUCUAUGGCUUACAGAAGCAAAGCCCUCUUACCAAAACACUUCUCAAUCUCAAAGACAUAAUUUUGAAACCACCAUUGAAGGAGUCACUUUCACGAACCGUCGAAUUCUUCUCAACAAAGUCCUCAGUGGACGAUUUUCAUUAUUUGAUGUACUUAGUCUUGCUUCUCUUGUCAGAAGAUACCACCAAGAUCAAACAGCUCUGGAACCAAAAACUUUCCGAUGGGCAGAUCAUUGACCCAAGACUUCUCAUGCUUUAUUGCGUGGAUUUGCGGGAACUUAGAGACGAACUCUGGCACGAUUUCAGUCCGCAAAGAAUCUUUCUAGAUAUUCGAGAUCAGUUGGCGGACUCUGUGAUAAGAAAAAACAAGCAGUUUUAUAAAUGGCUUAUCCGUGAAAUUCACUCUAAAGGCGACGACUAUGAAGAGAUAAUUCGUGUUUCCGCAAGAAAACUUGUCUAUACUGAGACAUGUGAAAAUUCACUGGACAUUUUACUGGUCAUAUCUUUGGAAUCUGACGUUUGGCUGGGCCAAAAUGCCGUGAAUGAAGAGCUCACAACUUAUUUUUUUAAAAAGAACAUGUUCUUAGUCUUGCUUCAUAUAUACCGUUUGAAGCAAGAUUCAGGAAAUUCAUUCGAGCAGUGGUCUCUCAAAAUCAUUGACUUGUCCCUAGACCUAAUUUCCGGUCGCAAGACAACGGAUACGAUAGCAAAUUCGGUCGGCGAGGACAUCUUCCAAAUUGAUUCUUACGUGUUUGACUUGCCGAAAACUGCCUUCAACCAGCUUCGAGAAAAUGUGGAUGAUGAAAAGGUAUACGCUAAACAGCUUUUGAAGCUUCUUCAGCUUCGUCCAGACCGAGGCUUGGUACUUCUUAAGUCGGCUAAAGGCAGUAAGUUUUCGUCAACUCAUAAGCAUAUUUUGGAUGAAUUAUCGAAGUCGUACAAAUUUGAUUCCAAAUUCUCGCCGCUCAAGAUUGAGUACACUGAGCAGGCCUUCUUCGAAAGCUGUAAACAGACAUAUGUAAUCGAUUUCCCAAUUGCAAACGAACUUUUAGAGGAUUAUGUCUGUUAUCUCAAUCAAAACGAUCUUCAGGUGGAGUAUGAAAACUUAAAUAUUCUCUACGCAACAUACAAAAUCGAAAACGAUUUGAGAGAUCCACUGUGGCCCAAAGUGACUUGGAUCGAAUACUUACAUUUGCACUACCGAAAAGGCGAUUGCGAAGAGUUCUUGGAAACGUACUUGAAAGUAUACGAAUUGAUUGUGUUGCUUGCUAUGUACAAAAAGGAUAUGAACAUGACGCUUGACUCGAAAAGUGAGGCAAUCGCUUUUUUGAAAUGGGUGUUCGACACAGACAUUGACAGAGUAGCCCGUCUUCAAGAACUCAAGGACUACUCGACUGCCGAGUGGCUCAUUUUCAAUGCGCAUCCCCCUAUACCGAGAAGUCUGUUUAUUCUUGGGACUUUGAGAGAGCAACAGCUUUUGAGAUACGACAAGGUAUCCCCCGAGAAGGCGAAAAUCUACUUGACCAGUCUCAUGGAAUAUUAUCUCGCAGUGGAAGAUCAAACAGCGAGAUUUUACUCGGUGAUGCAUGCUGUCAACACUUACGCAGACCAGUAUUUGACUAUGGAACAGGUGUUGCAGUUGCUUCCGGAAGACUUUCCCUUGUUGUAUGUGGAGAGAUUCUUAGAAUCGCAGCUUCAAAAGCUCGAAAAUAGAAGAAGCGAUGCGCAGAUCAAAAAAGCUUUGCAAAAGGCCAACGUCAAGCUCAGCAAAUCACUUUUCAGGGACUAUGAGACAAAACGAGAGACGCUCAAGUCCAAAGACGCAAAAAGUUGA